AAUAGAGGACUUCUAAUUCUUAAUCCUCAUUGUUUUCUCCACUUAAUUAAGGAAAAAAAACCUAGUUUGCUGAAGAAACAAGAGUCUAGGGUUUCUUUAGUUGCUGUUUUACUGGAAAUAUCUCGUUUUUAGAAACCUAAUGAUUGAGUGAGGUACAUUUCCUAAAGUUUUCAUCGAUUUUGUUUUAUUUUGUAGUAAAGGUUGUCAUGUGAAUACACACACACGCACAAAGAAUGAGAGAAAGAGGCCUUAUUGUGUUGUGAGAGAGAGAGAGAGAGAGAGAGAGAGAGAGAGAGAGAGGCCUUAUUUUGAAGAUGUCCUAAUGACCUAAUUUCGAAGACGUCUUACACAGAGGGGGCGGAAGAGAGAGUGAGGCCUUAGUCAAAUAUGUCCCUGCUGACCUAAUUUUGAAAAUGCCUUACAUGCAGGGUGGGAGUGACAGAGGCCUUAUUUCGAAUAUGUCCUUAAUGACCUAAUUACGAAGAUGUCUUACAUGGAGGAUUAGGAUUAGGGAUUUACCACAAAAACGGGGAUGAUGGAUUGGAAGACACUUUAUGUUAAAAGUUGCUCCUUUAUUUCUUUCGGAUGCCCAAUUUUUUGUUUCUUUUAUUGACUUCGUUUUUCCUCGUUUCAGUAGCUAUUCAAAGUGAUCAUGAAGUUAGGUCUGAAUACCCUAGCAUAGGAAUGCUUAUGCUAUUGCUCAUUGAUCUUUUUUCUCCAAGAUUACUUGGCUGACGUGUGAGACUUAAUUACUUGUCGGCCAACAUCAAACUUAAUUAUUUGUCAUUAACCCAUCAUUGUGCUGGCUCUCGUUUGGUCGCCAUGCACUGUCAAAUACAACAAUGAAUCUGAAACCAACCAAUCACAAAAACAUAUCUUGUGGAAUUGACAAAAACUUUCAACGAGUAAACAUCUUGUCUGCAUUUAACUGUUAAGUGCUACUUAAUAUUGUUGUUGCCUGAUAGUACAUUGAUUAAUUAAAUUCUUGGUUGUGUGAAUAAUAUCUCCUCUACUUUUAUUUUCAAAUUUUUCGAAAUUAUUGGUUCAGAUUCUAUUUUGUUAUUUCUGUUAACAUAUAGAAGCAAGUUAUGAUUUCCUAAUUUCCACCUUACACUUUCCUUAAUUUAUAAGUGUAGGUACUUAAAUAAUGUUACCAUCUUAGAAAUGUGCGACUGUGGUUGGGAAUUGAUGUGGUGUACCGUCCCGAUGCUGAUGGGGAGUUUUUGAGAAAUGCAAAAUAUUUUAUUUUAUUUUAUUUUAUUUUUGCUAAUUUUUGUAUGGGUUUGCACGCAUAAUUUGAGCUGCAUUGCAAUUAAGCCUUUAAUUGCCCAGUUAGUACACUGUUUUUUACAGUUCUGCGCUCUCUUUUAAGUUUUUGUUGGAGACAUUGAUGUUUCUUUCACCACAUUGGAUUAACGGAUGUUUGUCCCUCUUUUGUUUUGUUUGGUCCUCUUUUGUUGGUCCUGCUGUCUACUACUGCUAUCCUUUUCUUGUGGGUAGUGAAUCCUGAAGGUGGUUUUGGGUUUGAAUUUAGAACCAGGCCGAGUUAUCCCUUUAUGUAGCUUGGGAUUCAUAUUUUCUGCAACAGAGUGAUGAAAUAAACUAUUUUGAGGGCCCCAAGCACACUCUUUUAGAGGUUAAUAUAUUUUCAAGUGCUUUGGUUUGCUUCCCACAAACUAAAGAAGAAACUAAAACUGUAUUACCAUAACUUGCUUUCUCUGAAAUUUAAAUGUGAUAUCAGUUUUGUGGUAGAAAAGGUAAUGCAAAAGUGAGGAUAGCUGAAUAAGGUCUGCUUACUGUUAGAACAGUUAAUUGCAAGAAUUUCAAACAACUUUACUAUUGUAUUUUUCUUUUGGAUUUUAAAGGUUUUAUCAAGUUUGUAGUGAAAAAAAAAAAGGUUAUACAUGAUAAUGAGGAUUGAAUAAGGUUUAUUGAUUGUUGAUAGAGUAAGUUCAGAUACUUUUUUGAUUAUCUUCUUUUCAGGGGAUGAUAACUGAAACUGUUGUACUAUUGUUUUUAUUUUGUGAAGGUCAGUUAUCCAUUUAUAUGUAAGUCCUAUAUGUUUUACCCUUCUUAAUGAUAGGCUAUUUCAAUCUAUAUACUUAAUAUUUUGAUGAACAGUCGUCAAUUUGCAUAUAUGAAGUGAUCUAUUAUCACUUUCCAAUUGGUUCUGAAUUUUAUGACUUUAUUUCGCCGGUGUAAAAGAAUUAACAUUAACUUUGUGGAAGUUUCUUUUUAAAGUCUGCAUAAUCCAUUAGUCGGUAGUGUGGGCUUUGAUGACUUGGCUUGUAUAUAUUAUGUUCCUUUUGUGGUUGUAUGAUUGGAACUUAAAAUACUUUCUUUUUAAUCUUUUCAAGAAGUCCCAUCAAUGUUAUACUUCUACAUCUCUCUUGUUGUCACUUUUGCUGUUAUUCUUAACAAAUCUGCAACUAUGGCUGAGAAUUGUUGUACCGUGCUGUCUCAAUGAUGAUAGAGAGCUUCUAAGAUAAAAUAUCAAUGAGAAAGUAACCCUAGCCUGAUGAAGAAACUGGGAAUCUAGGGUUUUCUCCAUUUCAGAGGUGUCUUGAGUGAUUUGAGGUUGAUCUCCCAAAAUUUCAAUUGUUUCUGCUGUAUUUCGUGGUAAAAUUCUACUUUGAGGAAUGUAGAGAGGCAAAGAACUGCAAAUGCAAAAGCUUUUAGUAAUUUCUUUGAAGUCGUUGAUGGUGCUGAAGAAAAACUAGUUGUAUUCCAAAGAUGUCUUACGCUGAGGAUCAGGAUGAGGAUGCUCACCCCAAUAAUGGAGAUGAUGGAUUAGAAGACCCCCUAAGAUGCCUUCACUGUGGCAUUAGUUCUAAAUUUACAUCGCACAUGCGUCGUGGCCCCGAGGGACGAAGGACUUUAUGUAAUGCAUGUGGUAUUGCGUGGAAAAAGGGAAAACAGAGAAAAAUAAUUGACUACGAUGCUCCUGUUCAAGACCUGGAAAACUCAAAAAUGGUACCUGAAAUUGAUAUGGAAUUUGAAAAUGAAGAUAAGGCAUAUGAAUUUUACAAUAGGUAUGCUGGAGUGGUAGGUUUCAGUGUAAGGAAAGGUUGGUUAGAUAAGUCCUCGGACAAUGUUACAAGAUCAAGAACCCUAGUUUGCUCAAGAGAAGGCUUUCGCAAGGAUAAAAAAGGAGCAAAGGAAGUCAAGAGACCAAGGCCAGAAACCCGAAUUGGCUGUCCUGCUCGUUUGACAUUUAAACUCACACAAAAUGGCACAUACAAAGUUACUGAAUUCAUAGCUGAUCAUAAUCAUCAACCUGCACCCCCAUCAGCCAUGCACAUGUUAAGGUCUCAAAGGGUAACAACUGAAGUUCAUUCCAGUGAAGUAGAUUUGUCAGAUGAUUCAGGAAGCACGCUAAAAUCAACUACCGAGCCCAUUAACAGACAAGUUGGAGGCCCUCGGAAUGUUCGCUUUCUCCCACUUGAUUAUAAAAUAGCUCUUAGAUCGAAGCGAAUGAGAGCCAUGCAAGUGGGAGAUGCUGAAGCUGUGCUUAAAUACCUCCAAAGCAUGCAACUUACUGACCCAUCUUUCUUUCAGGCUAUACAAGUUGACGAGGAUGAUAAAUUGACCAACUUCUUUUGGGCAGAUGCUAAGUCUGUGAUAGACUUCGAGUAUUUUGGUGAUGUGGUUUGUUUGGACAUGACGUACAAAUUAAAUGCAUCUGUUAGGCCUUUUGCACUUCUUCUUGGUGUGAAUCACCACAAGCAAACUGUUGUAUUUGGUGCAGCACUGCUCUACGACGAAACCCUAGAAUCUUUUAAAUGGCUGCUUGAGACUUUCAACAUUGCUAUGCGUGGAAAACAACCAAAAACAAUUUUGACAGACCAGUCUAUUGCAUUGGUUCAUGCUAUAGCUGCAGUGUGGCCACGCACGAGCCAUCGAUUAUGUGUUUGGCAAGUCUAUCAAAAUGCGAUAAAGAACCUAAAUCAGAUUUUCCAGAGUUCAAAAACUUUUGCAAAAGAUUUCAGCAAAUGUGUCUAUGACUGUGAGGAGGAAGAAGAGUUCUUAAUGGCGUGGCAUAUGUUGUUAGACAAGUACGAUCUGAAGAACAACGAAUGGUUGACGAAGUUAUUUGAAGAUCGGGAGACAUGGGCUUUGCCUUAUGGCCGCCAAAUCUUUUGUGCUGAUAUGAAAAGCACACUACAGAGUCAAAACAUGAGUGCUGUGCUAAAGAAAUAUCUAAGUCCACAGCUAGAUCUUCUCUCUUUCUUUAAGUAUUACGAGAGGGUGGUGGAUGAACAUAGGUAUGCAGAAUUACAGGCUGACUUUCAUGCGAGUCAAAGCUUCCCAAGAAUUCCCCCCUCAAAAAUGUUGAGACAAGCUGCAAAUAUGUACACCCCAGCAGUAUUUGAAAUGUUUAGAAAAGAAUUUGAGAUUUUCAUGGAUUGCAUGCUUUAUAGUUGUGGUGAGAUCGGGACUAUAGCAGAGUAUAAGGUUAUUGUGGGUGAAAAGCCUAAAGAUCACUUUGUUAGGCUUGACUCUUCUGAUUGUUCAGUUGCCUGCAGUUGUAAAAAAUUUGAGUUUAUCGGGAUUCAGUGUGGGCAUGUGUUAAAAGUGCUUGAUGUUAGAAAUAUUAAGGAACUGCCAGAACGGUAUUUUUUAAAGAGAUGGAGGAGGAAUGCUAAGGCUGGUAACGAAAAGGAUCCUAAGGGAGUUGAUAGUGAUUCAUUGCUGGAUGCACAACAUCAAAGUUUUCAUGGGGUACCCAUCAGAUAUUCGACCGCAGCCAAACUUUUGCACUUCUCAGCUGAAUCUCUAGAACAACGAGCAAGUUCUGUGAAACAUCAGAUCUCAACAGCCUAAGGGCUCAUACUUCCAUAAAUAUUUGACAGAACACGUCAAUAAACUGAUAGUUUGUUAUGUUGGCACUAAGAUUGUGUGAAGAUAAAAGUGGUCUAAAGAUUGACAAACAUCCAAGAGAUGGGGCCUCCCACAAUUUUGCAAGCAGGGCUAGGAGUUUGAUCAUUUUUGUACAACAGUUUGAUUUGCUUAAAUGUGUAACCUUAGGGCCUGUAUGGUUGAAUGUAAUUAUAAACACAAAUAUAACUAGAGAUGCAUGUAGUUCAUAAUGAAACGGUUAAUGUUGUAUUUAAUCCAUUUGGUUGUAUGUAAUUGAGAACGAUACAUCUAUAAAAUUUCUAUUUCGUUGUUUGCA